UCUAUGAAAUUUGCAAUACCAAGGAUUUGGCGAGAACCAAAAGACCAUAUUACUGACUGCUACUUUUGUAUGGUGAAUCCGAGUAAAAGACGUAGAGCUCACGACCUGACACGACCAGUACCUGAGCCACCAAAAAAAUUAUCGCAGAAAAGUAGCUCAUCUUUUAGUUCUUAUAAAAGUAAUUCCGAUAAGGAGUUUUUGCCUACACCUGAACAACCAAAACACUAUCUCAUUACUUCAGAAGAUUUUAACGAUCUAAUUAGAGAUUUGAAUUUGCCAAAAAAUAAAGCAGAGCUUCUAGGCUCUCGGUUAAAACAGUGGAAUUUGCUUGAUGAUGUUAAGAUCACGGAUCAGCGGACUAGGCAUGAAAUGUUUGCAACGUUUUUCACGAAGGAAGAUGGACUUUUGUUUUUGUAAUGACAUUAAAAGGUAUGUUUGAAGCAAUUGGC